AUGUCGACAUCCUCCCGCAUCUUUCAAGCCCUCCCCACAAACUUCACAACCGCUCCGAAGACCACAACCUGUCUGGCCUCCCCUCCUUCGACACCACCCUUAGAAACAGGUCCUUCAAAUAGCGAAUCAAUCCUAGACCUAGCAGUCCACGUCCUAGCAACCGAAGCAGCUUCAUUAUCCCACCUAACCAGAAUCUACACCACAAACCCCACCGCCCGAACCGCCUUCGUCCACGCAGUCCAAUGCAUAACCCACUCCCUCUCCGUCAACCAUGGCAAAGUAAUCUUCAGCGGUAUGGGGAAAUCCGGUAAAAUCGCCCAAAAGAUGGUAGCAACCAUGAACUCCCUAGGACUCAUGUCCUUCUUCCUCCACCCGACUGAAGCGCUCCACGGCGAUAUGGGAAUAAUCCGAGCUCAAGAUAUCUUAGUGUUGGUUACAUACUCCGGUACCACCACCGAGCUAGUCAAGAUUCUGAGUCAUAUACCAUCGCAGACGGUGGUUAUCGCCAUGACGGCUCAUAAUUGUAGGAAUAGUUGUCCGUUGACGAUGGGGAGGGAGAAUGCGAUAAUAUUACCGACACCGGUUCAUGAGAAGGAGGAAGUGACGUUUGGAGUACCCGCUCCGACGACUUCUACGACUGUUACUGUUGCCCUAGGGGAUGCAUUGGCUUUGGCGGUGGCGGAUACGAUGCAUACUAUUGAAGGGAGGAAGACGCAGGAUGUUUUUCAUGGGUUUCAUCCCGGUGGGGCUAUUGGGGAUAGGAAGAGAACUUUGGAGGAUUGUACUGCGGUUAGGGUUGGGGAUAUUGCCAUGCUGAAAGGGAAGGAAGGGUGGAAAGUGGCGGAUUGUUUGGUUUUGGCGUUUAGGGCGAAAGGUGGGUGGGUUGGGAUUGCGGAUGAUGGGUCUGUGGUUCCGCCGAGGAGGUUGAGGGCGGUGGAUAAUCCGGAUAUGGCGUUGGAAAAGGCGGGGAUUCUGGUGAAGAAGAGUGAGAUGGUGGUGCUCGAUGGGGGGGUUAAGAUUGCUGAUGCCAGGGGUCUGGUGAGGCCUGGACAGGUAUUGGAGAUACAUCUGUCUAAUGGAGAAGUUGGAUUCGCGGAGAGUGAGGAUAUUUUAUAA